AUGUCUCUGAGAAUCUUAUCCAAAUCACAGAGAAUCAUCUUAUCUAUUCUGAUAAUCGGUGCAGUAUGUUCAUUGAUAGUCCUAACAUUAUUUCUCGUACGUCAAUCGAAAACCAAUGCUGAAUCCGAAAUAGACCAUUCACUGAUUACAACGAAAUCUCCGACAUUGGAUGAAUCGAAGGAGGCCCGUUCCAGCGAAACCUGCGUUGGUGAUAGUUGCACAAGUAUUAACACAACGAAUGAUAUUAACGUCGGUUGUGACGACUUCAAGAAAGUUGUCUGCCCUAAACAAGUGUCGGAAGAUUCCCAAAAUAAUCCUUUACUAACAUCAGACGAUAUCAUCAUAGAUAUGCUGGAAAAUAAAAAUCAAGCAAGUGGAUUACGCCUAGAAAGCGCUGUUUCUCCAGGUUCGUUGGAUGCCUUUGACAGUGUGGUUUUAAGUAUGGUGACAAAACUAACUGGUUUCAACACAGAAGUCACCAUCACAAAAUUGACAGAAAUCUGUUCCAUAGUGCUUAAAAUGUUUGGUGAAUUGAAAGGAACUUUAAUUCAAUCAUUAUCAUCAAAAUCAUGGUUCAGUGAAGAAGAAGAAAAACAGAAAUCCAUUAAUUUGGUCAACGCUUUUCAGUUGUCUGUUAUUACUUCGGAUUACUUGAUUGCAGAAGAUAGAGAGAAUAGAGACUUCAUAUUCAAUAAUCAAAUUUCCAAGACUAAUUACUUCAUGAAUGCGUACUACUCUCAGAAGAACAACUUCCUUAAAUCAAUUUACAAACUCUUGAAUACCUACUACGAGCCUGAGAAUUUCAGUUUUGAGCCGUACAUAUCUAGUUCGGUUGAAGAUAAAUUUAUUAAGAUAUCUGCUGGUCUAUUACAUCCACCGUUUCUCAAAGCAACAUAUUCAAUGUCUCAAAAAUAUGGUACUAUCGGUUGGUUUAUCGGUCGUCAACUUAUGUAUGAAGCGAAUAUUGACAAGAAGACAGAUGAACAAGGACAUUUUCAGUUUUCAUGUACAUCAGCAGAACUAACAGCUUCUGAAACUCAACUCUGUUGCUUGCUAAAGCAAUACGAUAAAAAGGAUUUGAGCUGGUUGUCAGCUGAUAUUAAUGGCCUUAUGUUAUCCUUUACAACAUACACGAAAAAUUACAUGAAAAAUCGUCAAGAUUUGGAUGAAAAGAAGUUAUUUUUCUCAAGCUUUACCGAGAUGAUGUGUAGAGACUACUCUCCCGGCAUCAUCCUCACCAAUUCACAAUCAUCAAACUCAUAUAAUAAGUUCAGUGUGAAUAACCUUCUGAAACAUAGUCAAGAAUUUUCCGAUACGUACCAAUGUCCAGUCGGUUCAAAAAUGAAUCCUAUAGAUAAAUGUAUUCUUUAAACGACUGGAUACAUCCUAUAUGUGACAAUGUAUGUUUUUAAGUGAAUCCG